GGCUGGUACUGGUACUGGUACAUGGUUUGGGUCAGACGGUGGAGGGGGUAGAAACUGUCCGCUUCCAUCCCCGGAGAGAGGAAGGGUUUGAGACCGGGGCGAGAGAUAGAGGGAACGGGCGAGUAGUGCCAGGCCGGCAGAGAGGGCCUCGGUCAAGGCCCCUUUGAGCGCCGUCAGGGGGCAGGAGUGCCGGGGGCUGAGAAGCAGCCGGCCCCCGGAGAGAUGGGGAGAGAAUCUCUAGGAACAAUUCUGCCAAAGAGGGAGAAUAUUUUGGAAUAAAUCUUGCACAAUUGAGGGAAAUGUAUUGAUGCAACCCGCAGAAGGCACAUCCUGAGAUACAUUUGCAGAGUACAUAAUAAUAUCCUGGAAGAAAUCUUGCAGAGGAAAACACUCAGAGAUGAAUCUGCAGUGGGUGCAGGGAGCAUGCCGGCGUAAAGGUUGUGAGGAAGAAGCUGAAGGGAACAAAAUGGAAUAGGUUGACUGGCACAGACUGGGGAUCGCAGGGAGACUGAUGGUCGGAUUGCACAGGAAUCAGAGAAGGUGAAAGGAACCGCACAGAACAGCCAAUAAGGAAUACAGCGAGUGGAACUGGAAAGCCAAAAAAAAAUGAGAGAUUAAGAAGAAUACAGAAAGAAAAGGUUGUAGAGGAUAUAAACGUGCAAGGAAAUGCAGAAAGGUGACUGAAUUGGGGGGAAACAACAAAUUAGAAGAAAGGAGACACGAAGAGUCUUGUGAAUUCAUGCCAGAAAAAGGUCACUCAGAUUUUCUUACAUUUAUGGAAGGGGCAGCGGCUGCUGCAAUGAACAAAGACUUGUGCAUCCAUUCGUGGCCUGGUUCCUACUAUUUACAGAGUGAGAAGCGAUGGGUUUAUGGGAAGCUGUCACUCACACCAUAUCAGUUGACUUUCACAUCUGACAAAGAAGGGCUCAUUCUGACCAGCUUCAAGCUCUCUGGCAUCACUGGCAUCAAGAAGGAAACAUCCAGCUUCAUAUUCAGCUCAUUAACUGUGCUGGUGGGUGGCAGUGAGAAGCACUGGUUUAGUUCACUUCAACCCAACCGAACAGUGGUGUUCAAUGUUAUCGAGCACUUCUGGCGGGCACAGCUGCUCUCGUCUGAGGUGGAGGCCGACCCCAGGCCCAUGUCGAAGGGGAGGGAGCUGAUCAACCUGGCGUCCAGUUCUCAACAACGCUUGGGAGACACAGCCAAAGUGCUGCAUCAUCAGGGUGAACAAUUUGAUCGCAUCAUGAAGGGGCUAGACAAGAUUGAGUCUGACUUGGAUGUGGCGAACAGGCUGCUAACUGAGCUGGAGUCUCCACCGUGGUGGCCUUUCAGCAGUCGCCUCCGAAAACAGGAAGUGAAGAAUAAGCCAGAAUCUCUGCCUUCUUCACAGGCUUUUGGAAAGGAUGGCUUGAUAUUAAUUGUCCCCAUCCUUUACUCCCAGGGUCCAGACCCCAACCUAAAACAGGGUACACUCGCGAUUCUUUGCUCAGGUUUGGAAAUCAGGGAUUCAAACGAGCAGCUUGUGCACAAGUACCGGCGGGAAGAUGUCGAUGAUAUUAAAGUGCAGAAUCCUUAUGAGAUUGUUGUCCGCCAGAGGUUUAUCGGGAAGCCUGACAUCUCAUUUACGUUGCAGUCUGCAAGGAUGACUGAUGUUAUUUCCAUUGUAGAGAUCCAGUACUCCAAAAAAGUGCAAUUUAAAGAGGACCUGUUAGGACUCUUCAGACCAGAGGAUUCCUCUGUUUCGGAGAACCUUGGCAUGGGCAGCUCCAUAUGGAAUGCAGCGACUGGCUUCUUGGACAGGGUGAUGCAUCCUGCUUCAGCAAGUGGUGGACAAAUGUCCCAACAGGUGUGUGAGCAGACAGUCUCGGAGGCUGAAGCGCAAGAGCUGAGACAGAUUCUACGGAAGCUGAAGAGUAUCGCGCUGGACACGGAGGCUGAGCUGGAACGCCAGAAUGAAGUGCUAGACGUCAUUGGUUCUUCAACAGACCAAGCAACGUCCCGGAUAAAUACCAGUCACAGACGAAUACGGAAACUUUUGUAGGAAUUGUGUGACCAAGUGGUAUAGAGCUGAGUCACAUUCAUUGUGACCCUCUCUUCAUCAGAAUUUCAACAAAUGGAAAGAAUGCUUCAAAGUUGCUUCUGGAUGGUGAUCAGUGUUGUGCGAUGUACACCUGUUUUCACCCAGUUCCUAAAGCCAUGUUUCUUUAUACCUGGCAUAGGACUGUUGACAAAUUCAUGUAAACUGUUGCAACAACCUGUGGCCUCUGUGAUGUUCUGUUGUCUUGCCUUCAAGAGGUCUUGCCAAUGACACAUCAACAUCCAAAGAGAUGCCAGAAAAAUGCUCUUGUCAGUUUAAUAGUCAUUUCAAAAAAAUUAUUAAAGACUAGCUAAAAUGAUAGGAAAGCUUGCGAGAUAUUUACACAUUUAGAUGCUGUUCUUUCUGCAUCCUGUAAAAUGUAGCUUGUUUAGAAUCAUAAUUGACUGUAAGAAUCUUUUUAGCAUUAUGCAAGCUGCUUUUUUUCUGAAAAAUAUGGAUCAAAGUGCUCCUUGAGAUAGCUAAUCUGUCUGCUUGUAGAUUUACAGUUGACACUCCAUGGCUGUUAGCAUGUCCUGCAGUUUAAUGCUCAGGCAAAUUCCACUGUCACGGUGUUGCUUUCUUCUCAGGUUUUGCCUGGUCAAUCUCACCUGCUAGAUGCCAAUAGAAUGUGCCAAUAAUACAGUGGGACAAACAGCAUGUGAAUGAGAAGUUUUUUUCUUUCUAGUGAGACCCAAAGCAUUUUUGUAAGGUUAUUAUGGAGCUGGCCUCCAAUUUCAGACUUGCAAUUAUAUGGUAAUUCCUUUUGCUCAUGGCUCAGAGGCCAUGCUUGACUGCGUCAUUGUUAGGGCAGUAUCAAAGCAACUGAAGAGAAUUGGGAUAUUAGGCAUUUGGUGGAGGAAAGAUGGAGGGUCUGAGAAUAGAGGUGUAUUUCAAAGGGAAAGAUAGUAACCAGCCUUGAGAUCUAAUUAUAUUGGGAAAGGACCUUGGGUAAAUGAGUUUUUAAAGCCAUGGCUUUGUUUCAAGGUAUAAUGGCUCCCAUAUUGGAUGAAUUCCAUCUGUUGGCCAUCCUGGUGGAUGUAAUUAGUCCCUGCAUAGCUUGCUGCUCUCCACAGAAACAAAACCCAACAAAUCAAUCUGGGUUGGUCUUAGCGGGCUCAAGGCUUUUUCAAGUCUCAAUAGCUUAUUGGAAGUAUAAAGAUAAUGCAACACAAAGUUAACAUGAACAUAAUGUCAAUGGGAUUUCAAUACAUGGACAGUGAUGACAUUUUCAUUCUAUGAACUUGCAUUCUGCUUGUUGUGGGGGGGAAAUGAAACCCAUAGUACAAUUACUGAUUUUUGUCCUAUCUAAUUUGGGUUGUGAUUAGAAGAAUUUUAGGGUCACAAACAUUGAGGUGAAGCACUGGUGAUUACAACUGUGGUUUCACUGGUAACAGUACUAAGUGAAGCAAUUUAUGAGGAAUUGAGCAUAUCACCCAGGCAUUAAGAAAAAGUUUAAAAGACAUUCCUUCAAGUAUAUAAUGUUUUAGUGCCAAUAUGCUAAAUAAACACUGUAGUAUUUACUUGGUAUGCUUAUAACAUCCAGGGCCAGUGUGUCAAAACUGUGUCAACCUCUGAUUCUAGCAAUCUCUCAAAAUUAGUUUGGACGUUUGAAUAGUGAUCAACUGGAAUUUUGGUCAAGUAUUGAGAGGUGUGUGUGUUUUUCUUUGUUCCUUUGGGGAGUUGGUAUUCCUCUAUAGAAUUGAUUUCCUGUCUAUUUCUAGCAAUUGUUAACUGAAAAUGCAGCAUGAAUUUGAGAAAGCUUUACUAGAUUGCAAUCCAUAUGAGAUUUACAGAUUAUAAGCAUAAUAUUCAUAUCUGAAUAUAAAGCAAUGUUAGUUAAUAUAUUCUCCCUUUCAUCAUAAUUAUCCUCUAUAGUACUCUUUGUAUGUGGUCAGCACUGAGAAUGCAUGCAGCUUUGCUUCAAUGAUAUAAAGAAAAAAGCAGCACCAAUGGACUGGUGCACCAUUUAGUCCUUGAUAAAAUCCAGAAAAAAUUUUGCACUUUAGUUAGUAUAAAUGGGCCAUUUUGGAGAGUGAAAGUCCUAUCCAUUGGCAUGCAAUAUUUAGUAGAAUCUCCUGAAUAACUUUAAAUAAUCUCUUUCAUAACCACUAGCUGCAUUGUUGAUAUUAAUUCUAAUGCACAAUAGGAUGUACUGAAAUUAUGCAAUGGAUUGGAUUCCUCAACAAUGUAUAUUGUGCUGGCACUGUUUACAGGGAUAUGUUUGCUGUAAUAUGGAUAUUGGGGUUGACUGAACUGGCCCUCAUUCCCAUUUCUUGGCUGCUUCCAAAUCAAGCAGUGGAAUUCUAUAUAUAAUGAAGCACUUUAAUUGAUAUUUGAGAUGAUUGUUUACCCAUUUUGGUGCUUACCCGUAUGCAGCAAUGUGCGAAGUCUGUUCCUAAGUGGUAUGGAACAGGCUGUUAGGUGGAGAAUGAGGAUCAAUUGUUCCUGCUGACCCCACCCUCCACACACACAAGGUGUGGGAGAAGGAAGUGAAAGAGGGGAAAAAAAAACUAAAGUAAUUUUGGAUCCCUCACCACUUGCGCUUUUAGGCACUGCUUGAAUGAAAUAAAGAAGAGAGCAGGUAGAGAAAGACAAAAUAAAUAUAAAGAUGACUUGCAUCUACUGACAAUCUAAAUGUUAGCUGUUCCACUAUAUGGUACAAAGAUUAGACAAUAGAGAGAUUUAAGGUUUUGGGCAAAUUAUACAGGAGAUGUGAAGAAGAUCUUUUUAACCAAGUGGUAAUGACCUGGAACACACACUGAGGAUGGUGGGAAUAGAGAUGUUCAAUAAUUUCUUAAGGAAAUUGGAUGGACACUUGAGGGAAUAAACUUGUAGGGCAUGUGGAUAGAAUGGAGGAAGAGAACCAGUUGGAUUGCUUGAAGGAAAGCUGGAAGGACUUGAUGGGCUAAAGUGCCUCCUCCUGUGCCUUAAUGAUGAUGUAGCUUCAGUGUAUAAGAUUGGAAUGUAUGAGUGUGGUUCAUUGAGGACUUGCACCUGCAGCUGUAAACUAUUCAGUCUUGUUUCACACAGAAGCUAGCCAGCCAAGAGAGAGAUUACAUACUGCUUGGGAGGGAUUAGAAGCCAAGUGUAUGAGUUGAAAGGAAUCCCACACCACCAGGUUCCCAUGUUGUAUACCCUUUUCAAAGUUUAUUUUUGUAAAAAGAAUUGUAAAGAUGCUCACCCUUACAAUUUUAGUCAGUUCAAGGGAUUUACAACUGUGAUCCAGUGGUUCCUUGUCUUUCUGUCUAAUCCUUGGUCCAGGCUAUCUGACUGUGAUACAUCGGUCCAUGGUCUGUGGCUAUUUGGCUGUAAUACUAUAGUCUCUGCCAAUCUGGUUUAGCUCUCUGGUUCACAGGCAAUGGCUUUUUGGCUGUCAGUCUGCAACUUAGGUUUGCUGGAUAUCAGGCGGUGAAGUGCUAACUCAUAGUUCCUGGCCAUCUGGCUAUUUACGCCUGGUCUACUCUGCUAUCGGGUCAUGAAUCCUGAGUACAUAGUUUUUGGUCAUGCGUGUAUUGCUCAUGGUAUCUGGCUUGGUAGUCUUACAUCUCAAAAUUUUGAACCAUUGUUUAUGUUGAGCUUUCCCAAACCAGAAACCUUGGCUGUCUGGCAUUAGGUCCAUCAGUCUAUUAUGGAGAGCUGGCUGUAAACUCCUUCCUUUGGGCCCUGGUUAUCUGGUUUUGAAUCUUCUAUCUAUGGUUGCUGGCUAUCUGAUAAGAAGUGCCUAGUCCAUGUCCAUAACUAUCUGGCUAAGGGUUCCCACUCAUUAGUCCUUGGCCAUGUGAUAAUAUCUCUGCUACUUGAUUCUUGAUUAUCUGACUACGUUUCUACUUCACGGCCAUUUGCUAUUUGCUCUUUGUAACUUGGUUCCAAGUAAUGUGGCCAUAAAUCUCUGGUUCACAAUCCCUGACCAUCUGGUUAUGUCUCACCAGUCCAUCACCCUUGAAUAUCUGGCUCUCAGUCCUCAGUUCAUGGUGCCCAAGUUGCUUGUGUUUCUAUCUAUCAUUCCCUAGUUGUGGCUAUGAGUAUCCAGUCUGUGAUCCUUUGCUAUUUAGCCACAAGCUCCAGUGCUUCAUCACUAGCUAUCUGGUCUCACCUCCUGUCUACAGAUCCAUUUAUCUGGCUUGGAACUUCCAAGUCUAUGGGCCCUGGAUAACUGGCCAUGGGUCUCCAGUCCAUGAUCCCGUGCUUUCUGGCUAUGUUUUUACAUGUCCUCUUGCAAUCUGAGGCAGCACUACAAAUUGAGACAAGUUAAGUCUAACUUGUGUGGAUAUUGGAUUUUGUGAACUACAAAAAACACAUCAGUCUUCCGGUAAGCUUCAGGGAGACUGAUUUUAUGCAUGUUCUUUUAGUUCAGUUUUUUAUUUUCUGAUUCUUAUUUUGUGACCCAAGAGAGACUAUAGUAUGCAGCUCACAAAAAUAAAAAUUUGGACACCCCUGACUUGUACGCCAUUCUCUUAAAAAGUGCCCUGCCAGACCGAUGAAAGAAAUAGAAUUCUUGCCAGAUGGGGUCAUUCUGCAAAUUAUAGCACUGAUGUUAAAAUGGAAUUAUACAUGUGCUGCCAUUUUUUUUUGUUUGUGUGGUCUUUAAGAUCAACUGUUGAUUACAGUAAUAGAGGGACUAGAAUGUCAAGCACUUUCAGGGUAAUUGUCUACAGACUCUGUUUAGAGAAAGGGUUUGUAAAGGGAAGCAGGCAUUAUAUCUUUGCUAUAUUUCUGAUUUACUGUAUGAAAAUCUACAGUUUGCCUGUGUCAUGUUUGCAUUGUACAAUAAUUAUUGAAAUAUAUCUGCAAACCACAUUA